AUGCAUUUUCAAUUGAAGAUCAAUGUGUCGAUUGAUCUCAAAUAUACUGAAACCAUUGAUACAUGUGAUGGAGAAGAGGUUUGUACUAAUCGAAAGGGUUGUGCUAUGGUGAAUCCACAUGAAUUAUUCAGCUUAAAUACAGUUCCAUCUUCAAGAAAUGUUACUGACAUUCCUCUAAGUGUUGAUUGGAGACAAAAGGGAGCUGUGAAUGAAGUGAUGGAUCAACAAUGGAGUUGUUGGGCUUUUUCAGCUGUAACCUCAAUUGAAGGAAUCUCGAAGAUAACAUCAGGAGAGCUGAUCAAGCUAUCGCAACAAGAGCUCGUGGACUGCGAUAACAGGAACAAAGGAUGUCAAAGUGGAUAUGUUGACAAGGCGUUUGAGUAUGUGAUAAGUAAUAGUGGAUUGGCUUUAUACCAUGAGUACCCUUACAUGGCAAGAGAAGGAACGUGCCGGUCUGCAAACCUUCGGCGCUUUGGAAAGAUAAGUGGAUUCGGAAGAGUGCCGUCUGAUGAGCAAAGCCUCUUAUAUGCUGUGUCAAUUCAACCUAUUUCUGUCCUUGUUGUUACAAGCCCAGCAUUUUAUAUGUAUGCUGGAGGAAUAUUUGAGGGUCCGUGCCAAUUGGAUGCGCCUUGUAUUAGUGAUCAAUGGCAUGCGGUCAAUGUUAUUGGAUAUGGGAAGGAUUUAGAUGGAAUAAGGUAUUGGAUUAUAAAAAAUUCAUGGGGUACAAAUUGGGGCGAAAACGGGUAUAUGCGAAUGAAAAUGAAUGGCGGUGGAUCCCCUUGGGGUCUAUGUGCGAUAUCGGCUUACGCGUUUUAUCCUACGGUCUGA